CGACGCUGCCAAGGAAACACACACGCAGAUAGACUCAGCAUCACACACACACACACACACACACACUGUCAAAUGCCUGCUAUUCACAUCAGCUUAAUGCGAAAACCGUGCAGUCUUGGACUACAGGAAGCGAUGUGAGGAAGAAGAAGAAGAAGAAGGAGAAGAAGAAGAAGAAGAAGAAGAAGGCGUAGUGAGAGAUCGGUCAGUAUAAAGUCUGCAGCGGGAAGUAUAUCGCCAUGCCACUGGUAAAGAGGAGCAUCGAGCCCAGGCACCUGUGCAGGGGAGCUCUGCCUGACCGAGUCUCAAGUGAGCUUGAGUGUGUCACCAACAGCACUCUAGCGGCUGUCAUCAAGCAGCUCGGUAGCCUCAGUCGCCAUGCAGAAGACAUCUUCGGCGAGCUGUUUAAAGAAGCGAACAGUUUCUGCUUACGCAUGAGCCACCUGCAGGAGCGCGUGGACCUGCUGGCUGUUAAAGUCACCCAGUUGGAUUCCACUGUGGAAGAAGUCUCACUGCAGGACAUCAACAUGAGGAAGGCUUUUAAGAGCUCCACCAUUCAGGAUCAGCAGGUGGUGUCUCGUGCAUCUAUCCCCAACCCGGUUAUAGAGAUCUAUCAGUGUGGAGACAAGCCUCCACCACUCAACAUCCUCACUCCAUACAGAGAUGAUAAGAAGGACGCUCUGAAGUUUUACACAGACCCGUCUUAUUUCUUCAACCUCUGGAAGGAGAAAAUGUUGCAAGCCACAGAGGACAAGAGGAAAGAGAAGAGACGCCAGAAGAGAGACUAUGCACCCUCUCUCCAGACGAGCGGUCCGGCCCAGGCUCAUGCGGCCCAGUCUAAGUCCCUGUCCAGGCAGGCCGCUCCCAGAAGCCCUCUCUUCUGCUCUGAGCAGCAAAAGCAGGUGGAGGAACCAGGUCGUGAAGUGAAGAAGGUCCGGAAAGCUCGGAACCGCAGACAGGAAUGGAACGUGCUGGCCUAUGACAAAGAAUUUCGCCCCGAUGCGCGCUUUACACCCUCCCCAUACCACGGCAUGUCUUCAGAGGGCUCACUGUCACCUGACAACAGGUCAGUGUUAUCAGACGUGGGUGAGCACUCGUAUCCUGGUAGCCCAAACCGGCCCGCCCAGCAAACACCACCCUGCAGCGCUUACUCCACCACAGACGGCAAGGAGCUCAUCCUCAGUCCCUCCCAGACCCAGACGCUGCAGCGUGGCUACCGGCCCACAGGCACCCUGUCUGCCCCGGCUGGGAGAGACACGCUGGGUAGAAUCCAGCCCUCACACACAACCCCAGCCACUGACCCCACACUUAACGGCCCUCGGCCAACUCAGGCUAAAGACUACAGCCAACAGUCCCAACACUCUGAGUUCUUCAUCCCUCCUGCUCCUCCUCCUCCACCUCCUCCAGUCAUCCCCUCAGCUCAGACAGCCUUUGACAGCCCGACUGCUCAAUCCUCCGCCUCUCCCUCAUCCAUUCCCGCCAGCACCAUGGCCUCCCUGUCCCGCCCCUACGGCUCUUCUCCUCCUGCAGCUCCUCCACCACCUCCAUCCGGACCCCCGACACACACACACCCACUCACACACGGCCUGCCUCCCAUGUCUGCUGAGACAGCUGCCUCCAGGAAGGUGCCGCUGGUCCCCAUGAGCGAUGCCAGGAGUGACCUGCUAGCUGCCAUACGCCGAGGAAUCCAGUUGAGGAAAGUGCAGGAGCAGAGGGAGCUGGAGGCCAAGAAGGAGCCUGUGGGCAAUGAUGUAGCCACAAUUCUGUCACGCCGCAUUGCUGUGGAGUACAGCGAAUCAGACGAAGACUCUGAGUUGGAUGAAAACGAGUGGUCAGAUUGAAGGAGAGAGCAGGAUGCCAGAUGAGAGGACAGAAUAAGGCAAACAGAGAUGAGAUGUUCAGGAGAGCACAAAUAAUUCUGCUGAGGGCUACUUUUCUAAAAGCCUGACUGAAGCCCUGUUUCUGUGUCCCCAGAGACCAGAGAGAGGAAGAGCUUAUAUCUGCAUAUGAAAACACUAACAGUAAGAAAUAGUCCAGGUUUUGCAUGUUUAUACGUUUAUAAAUCUCAAAUGAACUUCAAUUUCAUAUACCGUAUGCAGGUGUUCCGAGAGUUGGCUAGACAUAGGGCUUAGGACGUGUGAUAUAUAAAUAUAAGCACAAAAUUGCAGCACAGGCUAGAUUAAAUGUGUUGGGUCCUUUGAGGGAAUCCAUAACAACAAGCUGCAGAAAUCAAGUUUGAGGUCAAGUAAAUCAAUCAAACAAUAUUGUUAACAACGUUUGAACCAUCAAUAGUCUUUAGAGUUGCAUUUGCUCGUGUGAGAUGACAUUUCCGUAGUCGAUUCUACUGAGGUUGCAUCAUUUCUAGGUCAAAUAGUCACAGCAACAUAAAGCCUCAAGAUGCUAAAACCAGACCGUAAGCCUCCUAUUGGCUAUGUACAUUAUUAUAUCCAGCCCUUAUGAACUAAUCUGUCCUGGAGUCCGUUAUAAACCUAAUUUGCAAAUAUUAAGCACAAAUAAUUUUUUCUUGUUUACAGCAUUUGUGGCUAAAUGAUCAUGUGGUGUAGUGUACAGGUGUGUAACUUGUGAUCCCAUGGGCACCAGCAAGAAAAAAUUCAACAGACUGACAGGCAGUCAGAUAUGAAGCUUACAGAACUAAGUCGGGGGAUGUAUUAGACAUCGCACGUUGCUUGUGCUGCAAUGUGUAGCACGUUCAUUCAUCUUCUGUAAAUGCUUUAUUCUGUUUGUAAUUAAUAUUUUUUUCUUUUUUAAGAAAUAGUUCCAAGCUCAUUAGAAGGCAUUAAGGCAGGGACAAUUGACAGUAACAUUGACAGUGGUCAGGACUCCUUCCUGAAGUGUGAAUAAAAAUAAUCCAACACCUCUUUCUUUCUUUCUUUCUUUCGGCUGCUCCCAUUAGGGGUCGCCACUGCGGAUCAUCCGUACUCAUGAUCCGCACGUUCGAUUUGGCACAUGUUUUUACGCUGGAUGCCCUUCCUAACACAACCCUCCCCGUUUAUUCGGGCUUGGGACCGGCACUAAGAGUGGAUGGGGUUAAUUCCCUGACCGGGGAUCGAACCCGGGCCGCAGCGGUGAGCGUGCCGUGUCCUAACCACUAGACUAACACCUCUAAUAGCUGUUUUUAAGAACAAAAUCUGAAAGGAUUUAACCGAUUUGUUUUUUAAUUAUUUAAUUUUUAAUAAAUUGAAAAAAUUUUUUAUUAAGGUUUGAGGUUUCACCCACUGAAAACCAGUCCCUACUCUGUUUGGAAAGCGAUCAUUCAAGUGAUCUUUUUUUUUCCCCACCAGUUUAAAUUACUACAGCAGGAUGAAGCCCACACACUAUGACUCUUUCACUAUAAAUCACGCUCCAUGUGUCCCUGCCAUGUGCCAAAUUCAUAACUUCUCAGCCUCACUUACUUUCUCAUCCUCAUUUUCUCAUUUUUUUUAAUAACGUUCUCAUUUGUCAUGUUUGCCAAAAGAGCAGUUGUUUGUCUUUUUAAUCAUCUGAAGUCCACAGAUGCUUUAAAAGCUCAAACCUGCACUCAUUCAAGAAGCGAGUUAUUAAAAUCACAGCUAUUUCCACUAUGUACAGUGCUGGUUGAGCAAUAUUAAGGAUAUAAAUGUAUAUAUGGUAUAUUUUACUGUGUUGAUUUAGUAAGAUGUAAUAAUAUAAUUAUCUUUCUUUAUGCCAGAAGAGGAAAAGGAUAUGAUCUACUGUAUCAUAAAGACGAUCGUCUGGAUUACGCGUUACUUGCCGCCUUUAAAACGUUGCUUAUUUUCUGUAAGAAGGUAAUGUAUUGGAUAUUGGAAUUAUAAUUAAUUACAGUGCGUCUGGAGUGUUUUGUGUGUUUUGGUUUAUUCAGAAUAACUUCAGUAGAUUUGUGGUAGAUAGUGUGGGGUUACAAUUUCUCUUCACACACAAACAUACAGAGUUUAAUACAGAGUUUUUUCCUGAAAGGUGUUACAGGUCCCUCAGUCACUAGCAACAUAAGAAGAAAAAAGGAUAUGCCUGAUUUAUGUCUCCACCCACAAUUAUAUAAAUAGGCAUAUGUCAGAAAUUGUGCCAUAACAUUUAUUUGUCUUUUUUCCCUUUUGUGUCCCCUUUGAUUUUUACCACUUUUAUUUUAGGCACUAAUAUUGUAUGUCCAAAGUGAAGGUACUUAAAUAUUAUUUUUUCUGUUGAUGUGUAUAUAUAAACGUCUUAUAGACUUUUGCUAAGCCUGCUUGUAAAGUAAUGUGAGAACUCAGAGUGUCUAAGAAAGCAAGCAUUCAGUGUGUGUUGAAGAAGAAGCUGUAGGCCAGUACAUGCAUGUUCCAAUAAAAGCCCACUGAUAAAAACA